AUGCUGCGUAUGGCUAACCAGGUGCAGAGGGGAUAUCGACAUUUCUCAGCUUCUGUCAAUUUGAUCCGGGAUACAGGUUCGAAAUCAGGGGAAUCCAAACGCACGCGUCAAACGUAUUCACGAAAUCAGACAUUGGAACUUGAAAAGGAAUUCCACUACAACAAAUAUUUGACAAGGAAACGACGACAGGAAAUUUCUGAAAGUCUGCAGCUCACCGAAAGACAGGUCAAGAUAUGGUUCCAAAACAGACGAAUGAAGCAUAAGAAAGAGAGCAAAGGCGAAGGAGCUGGUGAACAUGAAAGCGACGAAUCCACCCAGGACGAUCAGCAGAAUUCCUGA